AUGGAGGAUGCCGCGAUCGGGGAGAAGCUCCGUACCUCUAAACUGCAUCCAGUAGUCAAGUUGGAAUACGAAGGAAUGAACCCAAGGCACGAAAUGUGUCGGCAUGCGUGCAUUCCAUAUCCCGUCUUUCCUCCAAAUGGGCGUACCAUUCGUGUUGCUCGUGUUGAUAUCGUGUCUCGUCUUAUUUACCCUUUCUUCUACGUUUACGUCAAUCCCGAUCUCCGCUCAGUGAUUCAAGUAAAGCAACUAAUAGGAUCGAUGUUUGGUGAUGGUCAGCGAGCAGCGGUUGCUUCACGGUUAGUGUUGGAACGGGAUUCGCAAGCAAACGGGUUGGUAUUACUCGACUCACCGGCUAUGAACUUCGCCGAUGUGCUACAACAAUGCUUCUCGGGAGUGCCACUGCUGUACUGUGAUAGCGGAUCAAAGGGCAAUUCUGAGGUCAAGGUUGAAGAAGAUAGAAGAAAACCAUUGAACGAGAGCAUUAUGUUUGCUGUGCUGGAUCGGAAGAAAUUCGCACAAGUUCUUCUGGUAGAAUUGCCACCACAAGGUUCGUGUUGCAAUUCGCUUCGCUUUGCUUCACAUUUUUUCGGUUACGCAUUGAUUGAGGUGGUCAAAUAG